UCCCACACUUAGAUUCUUUGCUGGGACCCAUCCACUGCAAUAUUAGAUCUAGGCCGCAUCAGAAUCACUGAGGGAGCUUUUGCUAAGUGUGCAGUGAUGUCCUGGAUUUGUCCAACAGACUGGACCUAGAGCUUUUGCUAAGUGUGCUGGCUUGCCCCAUCCUCAUCCACCCCUCCAGAUUAUAUCAGAAUGGUCAGUGGAGCAUAUGUAUUUUGCAUAGUGUUUCCAGGUAUUUGUUUUACAACUAUCUCAAAUGACUAAAGAUGUGAAAAUUAUGAAUUUAAGAAAUUACUCCAAAGAAUCUCCAUGGUCUGAGAAGUUAAUACAUAGAUUCUUUACCUGCAAGAAGGUGUUGACUUAAUGAGGGUAACAAAAAUAUGAGAUUUUAAAAAGUGUAUUAAUAGAUAAUAAUCAAAUUGCUAAGAGCCCAGCAAAGUUGACGUAUGGAAACUUCGUUGAUAACCUAAGACUGUUCACCAGGGGAGGAAGUGGAGGAAUGGGCUAUCCUCGUUUAGGUGGAGAAGGUGGAAAAGGUGGUGACGUCUGGGUUGUAGCCCAUAAGAAAAUGACUUUAAAACAACUUAAAGACAAAUAUCCUCAGAAGCGGUUUGUGGCUGGAGAAGGAGCCAACAGUCGGGUUAGUGCACUGAAAGGCUCCAAAGGAAAAGACUGUGAAAUUCCUGUACCUGUGGGUAUUUCAGUAACUGAUGAAAAUGGUAAAAUUAUAGGAGAACUUGAUAAAGAGAAAGAUAGAAUUUUGGUAGCAGAAGGAGGUCUUGGUGGUAAAUUCCUUACAAAUUUCUUACCAUUGAAAGGCCAGAAACGAAUAAUUCACCUUGACCUAAAACUCAUAGCUGAUGUAGGUCUAGUGGGAUUCCCAAAUGCUGGAAAAUCCUCUUUGCUAAGUCAGAUUUCUCAUGCAAAACCUGCAGUUGCAGAUUAUGCAUUUACAACAUUAAAGCCUGAACUUGGAAAGAUUAUGUAUAAAGAUUUCAAACAGAUAUCAGUAGCUGAUCUUCCUGGUUUAAUAGAAGGAGCACAUAUGAACAAAGGAAUGGGCCACAAAUUCCUCAAGCAUAUAGAAAGAACUAAACAGCUGCUUUUUGUUGUUGAUGUUUUUGGAUUUCAGCUUACUUCCAAAACUCAAUACAGAACUGCUUUUGAAACCAUAAUACUGCUGACAAAAGAGCUAGAAUUGUACAAAGAGGAACUUCAGAGAAAACCUGCACUCCUGGCAGUAAAUAAAAUGGACUUACCAGGUGCCCAAAAUAAAUUCCAUGUGCUGAUGGACCAACUCCAGAAUCCUAAAGACUUUCUGCAUUUAUUUGAAAAACACAUGAUUCCAGAGAGGACGGUGGAGUUCCAACAUAUCAUCCCCAUCUCUGCAGUUACUGGAGAAGGAAUUGACGAAUUAAAGAACUGCAUAAGGAAAUCUGUGGAUGAAUAUGCAGACCAGGAAAAUGAUGCAUAUCGUAGGAAACAAUUGCUUAAUUUACAGAUUUCCAAUACAAUAUCUUAUAGGGAGCCACUAUCAAAGAAUACUGUUACUAGUUCUAAAAUGGAUAUAAUUUAAAUCUAUUCAAAAUGAUACUGAAAUUGCAUUCAUUUGAAAGCUUUUCCACUGACAUGUAUAUUUUAGAAUGUUAGUUAUUACUAACCUUCUCAUAUAUAUAUACCAUCAUUUGAAAACCAUAUCUUUUUAAAUUUCAUAGUUAAGUAUAUCAACAGUAAAAAAGUGACUGAAAGCUAAAAUGACAGUUUAUAAUUUUAUGGCCAAUCCACCUAUAAUAAAAUCCUCUGAUAGUCCUGUACUUAG